UUUGUUUAUUAGGUACGAUAAUAAUUUACAAUUAGUUGGAAAACCCACUAAGUUCAGUCUACCUACUCAAUGUGAGUUCAGCAGUACUGUACGAGAACCUAUUAGCUGUACCUGAAACAGCAUGGUAUUUAAACAAUUUCUAUUUUAUUUUCUAUCACAGUCCCCCUCAACAACUUUAUCUGAGAUAUUCAUAGUACAUAAUUCUUCAACAACCACUAAUAAUAUCAUCAUCAUGGACCAAAUCUGGGAAACCAAAUCAUCUUCAUCCAGCUCAUCUUCGGGUUUGUUCUCCAACACGACCAGCUCCUCACCAGCGCUAUCUCCAUCAUCGGACGAUGGAUCAUCACCGUUGGGCUUCCUCUCCCUUCAAAACAGCAUUCUAGCCAAAGAGCUAGAGAAGCUUCCGACCACCUUCAUGCUGAACGUCCUGGAGGAGAUGUCCCACCAACCCGAGCUGGUGCACCUUCAGCUGGAAGUGCUCUCCAAUCCGGUGAAUGUCAGUAAAAUUUUGCACACGGAACCGUGUGGACGGGAGAAGAUGCUCAAGUUCUUCCUCAUAUUGGAGAAAUCGAACGCCGGAUUUGUUUGGAAUCUGACGGAACAAUACCAAGCUGUGAUGGCUUUGUUGCCGAAUCUUCCGGAUGGCCAUCUGCUUGGGUUUAGUAACAAUCUUGAAUUGGGCAGCUUUUUGGUUGAGACCGGUUGGUACGCGGAAGCUAGUGUAAUUCUGAGCCUCGCUAGAAGACAAGCCGGUAGCAGACCGUUGGAGCUGUUGAAGACCCUUCGAGUCGCGUUGGUUGCCGAGAGCCUGGCGAGUCGUUACGAGGAGGCUAGCCAAACAAUUGCCGACAUUGCCGCCCUCAUCAAACACGCCAAGAACGUCCCGAUGACGUUGACGGCUGGUCUUCACCACAGUUUGUCCGUGUGCUUCUUCGAGGAGAGUGACUUCGAGGGAAGCUACCAGCAUGGAGUGAUGGCACUGCAGCUGCUCGACGACAGCAUCAACUGUUCGUACGAGACGAUCGUGGGAACGUUCCGUCAGCUUGCGAAAACCUGCCUCGCCAUGAAACGACCUGGACAGGCAAGACUCCUCAUAACGCAAGCAGUCAGUUGGUCUCGGCAUCACUUUGGAGCUGUCAGCGUACCGUACGCCGAAGCCUUGGAGGACUUUGCCUUCUACCUGUUGGCGGUAAACGCGUACCGGGACUGCUUGAAGAUCGAGUCGGAAGUUAAGGACGUCUACUUUAACCUGUUUGGCCAUCUGUGUUUGCAACCGGAACUAGCACAAGGUAACUUGGCUUUCAGGUUGUAUCUGGAGAGUUACGGGUACAAGAACAUCGGAUCGAUAGAUCAGUACAUGGACUACGUGCUGGAUCUGGACAGAGGGCGCAGCGAACGGCGGAACGGAACCGACGAUCGGCAGAUGUUGGCCAUCAAGCGGAUUCCGGCGAUGAUGGCGGUGACCAACGCGGCGCACGAGGAGAUGUUGACUAGCAAAGAAUUUGAAGAGGCAUUGGAGAGCAUUCGAGCUCCACCGUUGAUGUUGGACGAUGUUAGGAAGUUGUUUUUUACAAAAUUCGCAUAAGUUGUGUUUAGUUGUUGAUUGAUGUAGCAAUAAAGGUUA